CUUUGCCCUCCUAACGCGGAAGCGAAGUUCACUGGACUAGGCCAGAGUUGAAACGUUAUUCAAUAUAUCAUUCUGGAAAUAACGUGUCGUUGUUUAAGCGUCCUACGUGUUUUUAUUAUUAAUAUUAUUAUUAAGAUAUUCAGCAAUGAAUCCUGAUCUUCGCCGUGAAAGAGAGAAUGCCACAUUCGAGACGGAAAUUCUUACAAAUAUAUUGGACGGAAGUGUGGAGAAGACCCGAAGGAGAAGAGAAAUAGAAUCUCUGGUCUUAAACGACCCUGACUUCCAACAAGAAGACCCGAACUUCCUGUCCCGCAGCGAGCGAUACGAUGCUGCCGUUCGGAAGAGUGUCCACAUGUUUUCGAAGCUUAGGGAUUAUGGCAUCUCUGAUCCUGAGGAGAUAUACUUCUAUAAAAGAGUGGCACGGAAAAACGCCACCGAGGCGUUCGGCCUCCAUUUCACGAUGUUCGUCCCUACGCUGUCCGGGCAGUGCACCCCCGAGCAGCGCAGCAAAUGGCUUGCAUUGUCCAAUUCGUUCGAGGUGGUCGGCACGUACGCCCAGACCGAACUGGGGCACGGAACGCACAUCCGUGGACUUGAGACCACAGCGACCUACGACCCCUCCACACAGGAGUUUGUCCUGAACAGCCCGACGGUUACAUCCAUCAAGUGGUGGCCAGGAGGACUGGGUAAGACGUCCAAUCAUGCCAUUGUGUUGGCCCAGCUCUACACGCAGGCCAAGUGUCACGGCCUCCACGCCUUCAUCGUCCCUAUACGGUGCAUGAAAACCCACCAGCCUCUGCCAGGAGUGAUUGUAGGUGACAUUGGCCCCAAAUUUGGCUUUGAUGAGGUGGAUAACGGUUAUCUGAAGCUGGACAACAUUCGGAUCCCGCGUGAAAACAUGCUGAUGAAAUACUCCAAGGUCCAACCUGACGGCACGUACGUGAAGCCCCCAAGUGAUAAACUGACGUACGGCACCAUGGUGUUUAUUCGCGCCAUGAUCGUAGGAGAAGCGGCCAUGGCUCUGUCCAAAUCCUGCACCAUCGCCAUCCGCUACAGCGCCGUCCGUCAUCAGUCCGAACUACGAGCUGGAGAGCCUGAGCCACAGAUCUUGGACUACCAAGCUCAGCAGUAUAAACUCUUGCCGCUGUUAGCUACAGCCUACGCCUUCACCUUCGUGGGUCAGUACAUGAAAAACACGUACAAUCGUAUUACCGGAGACAUCAACCAGGGUGACUUUAGCCAGCUGCCUGAGCUUCAUGCCCUAGCUGCAGGUUUGAAAGCAUUCACUACCUGGACUGUGAAUACCGGGGUUGAAGUGUGUCGGAUGGCAUGCGGAGGUCACGGUUACUCUCGAAGCAGCGGCCUGCCGGACAUCUACGUCACCUUUACGCCCAUGUGCACUUACGAAGGAGAGAAUACUGUCAUGAUGCUGCAGACGGCCCGUUACCUGGUUAAGAGCUACAGACAGGUGCGCGAUGGAAAGCAGCUCAGCGGCAUCGUGUCCUAUUUGAACGAAUCUAAUCCACGUUUCCAGCCUCACCCUACAGCCUCCAGACCCACAGUCAUUAACAUCAACGACCUGCAGAGCCUCGUGGAAGCCUACAAAAUCCGAGCUGCAAACCUGGUGGAGACGGCGGCCAAGAGCCUGCAGACGGAGCUCCAGCGCAGCAAGAGCCAAGACGAUGCCUGGAACAGCAGCUCUUUAGAGCUCAUCCGAGCGUCCGACGCUCACUGUCACUACGUCGUAGUGAAGCUCUUCGCUGCCAAACUGAGUGAGAUCAGUAACACAGCCGUGUACUCCGUUCUCAGCACUCUCGCAUUGCUCUAUGCCCUGCACGGUGUUGCCCAAAACUCUGGAGACUUCUUGCAGGCUGGUCUACUGACCGUCCCUCAGCUGUCUCAGAUCACUCAGAGAAUAAAGGCCCUGAUGGCUGAAAUCCGCCCAAACGCCGUGGCUCUGGUGGACGCCUUUGACUACCGUGACGGGAUGCUGAGCUCGACGCUAGGCCGCUAUGAUGGGAACGUCUACGAGAGCAUGUUCGAGUGGGCCAAGAGAUCUCCGCUCAACCGUACGGAGGUCCAUGAAUCCUAUUACAAGUACAUGAAACCUCUGCAGUCCAAACUGUGAGCAUGAAGCGGAAACACCUCUUUGACUAACAUAUAAAAGCACUAAUUGCUAAAUGGAGAAUAAUUAGUUUUGAAUCAGAGUGCUGCUCCUGGACCAGUUUAUCAAUAUAUCUAUAUUUUCUACGGUAAUUGAAUUAAUGCAUAGUGUAUAGUAGAUAUACAACUGUGAAAUCCUGCUGUCUAGUCUUUUUACAUUCAAGUUAAUAUGCUAAUAUAGAUAGUGCUGCUGAUCCCAGGUCAGCAAAUGAUCAUUAUGGGUCUAGAUAGAUAUAGUACAGGGUCCAAAGUAUAACAAAAACCAGUGCAUUCAGGAGAUACUGUUAAUUCCUUUUGAUUUUCAAUUCUAUACAUUUAUCAUGCUGUUUUAAUUUUCCAGAUCUGUGAACUGUAUUGCUACACGUAUGUCUAUGUUUUGGAAAUCCAGUUUUUGAAAUUGCAUUUAAUCUCAUUUUGAAGAAAACUGAUAUUACCCUUCUUUUGAUAUUAGCAUUAAUAAUGUCAGUGAAAUGUGAUGCUUAUUACAUCUGCAUUUCCACAUGUUCAGUAGCUACAGUAAUUCCAGAUGCUUUACUAAAAGUAUAUGAUGGACCUGAUGAUAUAGGAUUUUAAAAAGUGUCAAUCUGUUGAAAAAUAUUCCCAAUGUCUUUGAAAGGAACAGGAUGAUUUUUAUGAUUUUGGAAGUAGUAUGUGUAAAAAUUGCUAAUUUAAGAUUGAAGUAUUUAAGUCGAGACUAAAUGAGAUGCACUACAAGUAUAAAAGUCCCAUAAAAAGAUGUGUAAUAUUAUCGGAUGUGUCUUGAACCACAGGAAUAAAUGGUUUCCUAUAUUUUUAAAUUUAGAAUGAAAAAAUAUGAUGGAUGGAUGAUUCUUGAAGGCAUGGUUCAAACUUGAGUCAUAUAAUACCCUGCUUUAAUUUGUUAAUAUAAUGGUUUUAUUCCUGGUCAGUGCAUUUCCAUUUUCUGUUCCAUAGGAAACAUUCUAUUCUCAAGUAAAUGGUCAUUUCUUUUUUUUACAUGUAGUUUCAUUUAUACUACAAUAAAUGCAGUGAAUAAGUAAUACACAACAGUCAGAUUCUGGUGGGAAAAACUGCUAAAACAACAGAAAUUAUUAAAUUUCUGUUAGAUGGUGUCGAGUGAUCACUUGAUUAAAAAACAAUGCAAUUAAA